AGUUCGAUUGAUAGCGCGAACGCGUUCACACCCCGUUGUGAUAGCAUCGUCCGUCUGGAAUAAGUACAAAAAAUGUGAUUGCGCGUGAAUCAACCGCACCUUACCUUUGAGUUAACCCCAUCAAUACACCAUACCACGCAUUAGAUCGCUAUCACCAACAGGUGCCACUAUGAUAAGAAAAAUGAGACGGGGCCGCCUCACCCUGUGCCUUGCGUUCGGUUUCAUCACACUUGUGAUAGCGACUGCCUUACUCAUCCACACCCAGUGCCUCAAACCAUCGAUAAGCUACUAUCAAAUCCUGGAAGAACACAUCCAGAACCACAAGCCCAUCACCGAAAAGCGAACCAAAUACAUCCUUCUCUACACCAACUUCUUCGAGGACAAGCUCUGGAAGCUGCCAACGGAAACCGUCGGACCGGACUAUUUCCGAGCAACCCAGUGCCCCCGGACGGAUUGUGUCCUCACCAGCAAUCACGACCUGCUGCCAGUGGUGACGGAUUACGACGCUCUUGUGUUCCACAUCGCCGAACCGUGGGCGUAUUCGGUGUUCAGAAAGGUACCCUCUGUUCGCUCGAGCAGACAGAUUUUCGUGGCGGCGACCAUGGAAUCGCCUGCCCAUACGAAGCAUCUCCUUGGCGGGGAUCAUGAUUUCUUCAACUGGACCAUGACGUAUCGGCUAGAUUCGGACAUUGUGUGGAACUAUAACAACUUUGUUGAGCGAGAUAGUGGGCGCGUGGUGAGACCCGGUAAGGAUCUCCAGUCGCAGAUGGUGGGCCACGAGGUCGUUUUCAACCAAACGCUACUCGAGAUGGCCACGGUGAAAACCAAGAUGGGGGUACAGUUUAUAUCGCACUGCGAAACCUUCUCCAGGAGGGACGAUCUGGUACGGGCAAUCCAGCGCUUUAUGGAGGUGGAUGUUUACGGAAAGUGCGGCACCAUGGAAUGCCCCCGUGACUCGCCCCGUUGCGCCAAAAUGCUCACCGAUGAAUAUCGGUACUACUUCGCCUUCGAAAACUCUCUCUGUAAGGAUUACGUCACCGAGAAGAUGUACUACGCUAUGCAGAGCUUCAUCAUCCCGGUGGUAUUUGGCGGAGCGGAUUAUACCAAAUUCGUACCUCCGAAAUCGUACAUCGAUGCGCAACAGUUCGCCACCGUCCAGGAUCUGGUCGAGUAUUUAGUGUUCCUCGCCGAGAAUCCUGAACACUACAUCAAGUACUUUUGGUGGAAGGAUCAUUAUCGGAUCGCAGACACCCAGCCGUUUUGCGAACUCUGCCAGAAGCUGCACGCCAUCGGUACAAAAGAAAAAAUGCAGUAUUAUAAAGACAUCAAAGCCUGGUGGUUCGAUGAGGCAUGCUGGAUGGAUGCUAAAAUAAAGUUUUAA